CCAUAGGGCCUGUGGCAGACGAUGAUGACAUUUCGUUUACCAAAUAAUAACGUCGUAGUUAGAAUCAAAGCGAUGUGAUAACAAGAUGGCAGGCGCAGACGUAACAAGGGACUCACCUGUACUACACGUGGUGGUCAUAGGAUUUCAUCACAAGAAAGGCUGUCAGGUGGAAUUUUCUUAUCCUCCACUUAUUGCGGGAAACAAGGUUGAUAGUCAUGAGGUUCCAGAAGUUUGGAAACACCUUCCGUCUCUAGCCAUACCUGACGGUGCCCACAACUACACACAAGACACAAUAUUUUUCCACCUGCCGUCGAGGGAUGGUAACUUCACUACUGUGUAUGGAGUGGCUUGUUACAGACAGAUGGAUGCCAGUGACUUGGUGAAUAAGACUGCUGAUGUGACUAGAAGUACCGUACAGAAAAGUGUGUGUGUCCUCAGUCGACUGCCUCUAUUUGGAUUAGUGAAAGCCAAGUUAGAGCUUAUUACACAUGCCUAUUUUGAGGAGCGAGAUUUCACCAAGGUGGGCUUGUUGGAGGAGACAUACAGGAACCUCACAAUGUCGGUCACCGAAGGGGUGAGAGAUGGGUCCAGAGUCUUCAUGGGGAUGUCUGUGAGGGAUGUUGUUUGCCAGUUCAGACAUAAAAUUGUGCUGUUAUUUAAACUGAUACUCCUGGAACGCAGGGUUCUGUUCAGUGGCCCACCUGUUGAGAAGCUAUGUAAUACAUUACUUUCACUUCUCUCCUUGUUUCCAGGUAUGAUAGAAUUUGGAUUAGAAGAAGCCACUUCUAACAGCAAUAGUAAGAAGCUUUCCCCAACAAUGAGAUCCACACAAAUCGGCAGUGACGAGGAAGAAUUCUUGGAAAUUCGCUAUCACAGUGACAGUUCACAACACAGCUCUCCAAAACUUUCACUUGACCCCGAAAUACAACUAACGAUAGACACCCAAAUAUCUAAACUCAAUCCUGAAGAACCAAAUUCCCCGACAAUAACAAGGGGAUGUGAGGAAGAUUCAGGGACGAAUAACCCACUUAAAGAAAAAACAUACAUUUCCGAUUCCGCAAAUUUACAUUCCAGUGUAUCGGAGGACAAAGACAAUAUAAGCAGUACCAGUGUUUUAUCAGGUGAGGGUGACAGUGCAAUAGUAAAGAAGGACUCAAAAACACUUGAUGAAAAUAUAAAUCUUGAUAAGGAUGGUGAGAUUCUCCAAACUGAAAAGUCAGCAGAUUGUGAUAUUAAUGAAAAACCACAAAAAUUAGAUGACAAAACUGCAAAAGAUCCGAGCAGUGAUUUGUCCAUUCCAGACAACAGUUGUGGUACCGGUGAUGUGUUUAAGGAUGAGACAAGUUUUAUACUGGCGACAAAAUCGGCAGAAAUUAAAGUACCGCAUAGCAGGUCUCGCGGAAGUUCUUUCCAUUCUUCAUCCCCAAGUCCAGUUACCUCCCCUGUACAACUGGUUUUGACAGAGAAUAGCAACCCACUGGCUAAUGUGAACUUUAUCACGCAUAUAGAAGCAGUUCAAACUGGCCAGACAAUCCAGAACAGUGAUUCUGUCAUAGAUAUGGAGGAAUACUCAGAAAUGCUGGAGAAAAUGGACUCAGAAUCGACUGGGAAAAAAUCAUCAAACCCAGAAUUGUCUGUAAGCUUAGAAGGAAAUAAGGAAGGUCUGCUUCAACACAAAUUAAGUGAUAGUGUUGAGGAUCUUGAUUCUCCUGAAAGUAUUCAGAAAAUUGAUAAAGAAGAUUGUUUUUCAUGGGAAGAGGAUCGAUUAUUUUUGUCCAUUGAACAUGAAUUGGAAUCCAGUAACAAGGAAAGUAGUGGAGAAUACUCAGAUAAUGCUAUAGAGGCUGAAGAAUUAAACUUUGAGUUGACGAAAAAGAAUAUAUCUCGGCAACAGAGCAGAGUAAGUGAGGAUGGAAAGACUGAUAUUGUUAGUAGUGAUUUGAUGGAGGUAGAUCUACUUUCUUCAGAAACCAGUAGUAAAAAGUCAGAUGGCGACAAAUCACAGGAUGAUAUAAGUAUUCAGGAUACUGACGGAAAAUUGUCGAGUCCAGGAAGCAAAGCUGCUGCACUGAAGAAUAAACUCAGCUCAGCUUUUGGUUCGGUGCGGGAAAAAACAUCACGUUUGAAGCGUGGCAGUAGUAGUGGUCAAAGCAGCAAUAAUAGCCCAGGAGAUGUCCAAAUGGUUGAAAUGUCCAACUCCUAUCUUGCCUCCAGGCUACAGCAAGAUGACUGUGGCUUUCCGCUUGUCAUAUUCUCAAAGGGUAAUGUAUGUCAUCCUUACCUGUCAUUACAAUAUUAUGACCUGAUGCAGGAUGUCAACAUACGAGCCUUCGUCAUUGGGGCCACCAACAUGUUGUUCAAGCAGAAACGACACCUUACUGAUGUGGUCAUCGAUACAAUGGAAAGUCGAGUUGAUAUCCAUGACAAAGAGCUACAGAAGGUCCUGAGUCUGACUACCGCUGACCUACGGUUUGCAGAGAUCAUUGUGAAGGCUGUUGUUGAAGAUGACCAAGAUUCUGCCUAUUUUGAUGGAACAGAGUGGGAAGGUGGAGACGAGUGGUUGAGAGCACAGUUCCGGGUCUAUCUUCAGUCUCUACUAGUCAGCUGUCAGCAGGAUGAUGUAAAACAUCAAGAGGAUUUUGGUAUGUCUUUUGUCCAAGCAUUCAAAACAACACACAGCUACCGAGUAUGGACGACUACAGAACACGAAGGCAUGAAGAAUAUUGCAUUAGGUCAUCCAUACCAUGGAAACCUGGGUGUGUCUGACAUCAGAAUGAGGCUCUCACAUACAAUGCAGAGCACAGAACGAGGCAAGAAGAUCAAUGCUGCAGUGUCACAGACUGGCAAAUACGUCAUGCAAACAGGCAAAGUUGUAGGUGGUGCCCUAACUCAGGCUCGGUCAGCCAUGUCCUCCUGGUUCAGCAGUAAAGGCAACAAGGAACAGUCCUGAACAUGCUUUACUACCCCACCCAAUGGGUUACUCUCGAACUGGUAUUAUAUCACUUUUUCCAGGGUUACAGCCCUGUAGUUCUAGCGCAAGAGAGGCUGAAGGUCAGAGCUAUUGAUACAUGUGAUCUAACCAUUGAAACAUCAUUGCUGAGAUAUUAACCAUGAAUGUAGUUUAAAAAGAUUUAAUGACCUUUUUUACCUUGAUAUUUAUUGGACAUUUGGUAAAUUGUCUCCUGUUGACCUUGACCUUUGUUAUACAGUUAUGUUAAAAUGACUGAAAAUGACCUUGUAAUUCAUGGAAGGUGACAGGUGAUGAAAAGUUUGUUAACCUGGAUCUUUUGUUACACCUGUAUGACUGACUAUCUAUGACCUUGUCAGUCUUGUUAACCUUUGAAACUUGUUAUAAGACUAAAUACUGAUGACCUUGUAAAUAUUUGAAUGUGACCUUGGCACUGAUGACAUAUUACAUUGUAACCUAUGUUUUAAAGUUUUUAAAUACACUUGAGGGUUAAAUGAAAUUGGCAGUAUUGGGUUUUGGAGUUUCAUAUAUAUGGGAAUAUAAUUUAAUGGAGAAAAAAACAACAGUUUUUCAAUUGCUCUAUUUUGUUAGUAUUAUAAAUGGUAUGGGUUAUUAAUCAAGGGCGUAUUUUGUCUUCAAAAGUAAUACAUGUACUUUCAUUUGACACUUACAGAGUAGUUCCCCAUAUUUGGCUACUUCUAUCCAGGCAGUAAUUGAGCUAGGUUAGUAUUUAGAAGAGGGGAGGGGCAGUAUAAUGGGGUAAAAUACUGAACUGGUAUCUGUAACUGUUUGGGAGUCAAUAAGAAUCAUAGGCCUAUUCAUAUUUUACACUAGGAGAAGUGAAAUUUAUAUAAUUAUAAACAUACUAUGACUUAAUUGUGUACACAUUUAGUUUUUUAACCACAUCAAAACCAAUUUCUACAUUAAUGAUACAAUUGACUUUUUUGGAAAAUACAUUUUUUUUUUUUUUUUUCUUUUGGGUGCAUUUCUAUUUCAAUUGCAAUGAGUGAACUUAAAGUACAAGCAUGACAUUUAAGAUUUUCUUAUGUUUAUCGUUCUCAUAUUAAAUACUCGACAAAUUAAUUAUGUAAUGUUCAUUACUUUUAAUCAAUGACAUAAUCUUUAUAAUGUCUCGUCUUCAACAACUUUAAAGUUGUAAAAUAAAAGAAAUGAUCUCAUUUUAAUGACAGGUACCUUAUUCAGUUUCAUUACCUUAUUACCCUUAUAAGACAGACCACUUUACCAUAUUUAUUUCCAAACAGUAUUUAAUUCCAUCAUUUCACAAUAUGUCUCAUUUUCAAACAUUUUCAUUCGGAUUGAAGAAAAAACAAGCUAAGACUUUAAUAUGUUUUAGAUUGUAGUGAGUGUAACAUAUUUGCAUUUCUGAAAUGAGCACAACUUUCAAACCAUCCUUAAAUAACCUGAAUAGAACUAAAAGUUCUUUUCAUUUGAAAUAUAUAGAGAAAAUACUUUCUUUGCGCAUUUUAAUGGUUAUUCCAGUAAGGUAACUGGGACACUUAAAACGUUAUGAACUUUGUUGAUUUAUUUAGAUGUGAUGAUACAUGUAUAUAAAAUAUGGUACAAAGCCAAUUACUGUUAACUGUUCUAAACUUCCAAUUUUUGUCUGUUAAAUGGAAUUAAAUGUUACUGUAAAGUAUAUGUUUGAGUAAAAAUAGAUAAAAUCUUAUGUGAAGAUGUUUUGAAAUAAAGAAUUGCUUUAAAUCAGUUAAAUUUUUCAAUUACUUUAUUCAUUAAUAUUUGUAUUAAAGAUAAAUGGCCUAGGGACACCAUCAACAGUUGUUUGAGAUAUAUCUCUUAAUACAUAAAACAUUAAAGACUUAUGAAUAUGUCACAAAUUACUGUAAACAUUAUUUUCUGUUGAAAAUGAAAGUGAUAUAUAGUACUAUCUGUGUUGUUAUUUAGUGUAUUUUUCUAAUAGAAGACUUUCAGAUAUACUAGUAUUUCAUUUCUAUGCCACUAAACGGGUACCAUUCUAUAUAUAUAUAUAUAAUUAAAAAU